AUGUCCAUGCGAGAAGGGAAGACUCUGAAAACGCACUCGGACAAAUACUGGGAGAUGUUCAAUGAGAUUGAUGGGGAUUUCGAUGACGUGGCUAUAAGGAAAUUUAAGGUCGGCCUACUUGCCGAGCAUGGUUUGAGGAAGUCCUUGAUUGGGAAACCUACUGGCAGUCCCUCCAAGGUGAUGUUUGUAGCUCGGCCACAUGCCGAUAACUCUAAUCCUAAGCCGAAGAGGGCUAAAGUGGAGGUCCGACUGGCAUUGAGCUUUUCGGAUGAGGACAAGGUUGGAACCAUACAGCCACACGAUGAUACUUUAGUGGUCACGCUUAGGAUAGGAGGGUAUGAUGUGAAGAGAGUGUUGGUGGAUCAGGGCAGUGGUGCAGAGAUUAUCUUUGAUGGAAAAUUUAUCAUUCCAAAAGGUCAGAUUAGACUACCCGUACAAGUAGGUUCUGAAGUAGUGGAGGUGAACUUCAUUGUAGUGGAUGCUUAUUCUCCCUACAUGGUCAUUGUGGCAAAACCAUGGCUCCAUGCCCUGGGGGCUGUUUCUUCCACCCUACAUUUGAAGCAAUCAAGGAUUCCGGUCCUAUCUACGGAUGCGGUGUCGGAAAGGGCAAAGUGCGAGAAGCUGGAAGAGAUUGUUAUAGAUGGUGAUUCGAAGAAGUUCUUUCAGGUCAAAGCUUUGCUACUUUCGCAAGAGAAGGAGAAGUUGAUAGCGUUCCUUAGAGAGAACGAUGAUGUAUUUGCAUGGAAUGCUUACGAAGCACCUGGGGUGGAUCCAAACUUCAUUUUCCAUCAUCUGAAUGUUAACCCAACUGUCCUCCUUAAGAAGCAACCACCUCGGCGCUCAUCUAAAGAACAUUCUGAUACUGUCAAGGAGGAGGUGAACAAGCUUAAGCAAGUAGGGGCUAUUAAGGAAGUGUUCUACCCUGAAUGGUUGACCAAUACAAUGGUAGUAAAGAAGAAAAGUGAAAAAUGGCGAGAGAAGGUGAACAAGCUUAAGCAGGUAGGGGCUAUUAAGGAAGUGUUCUACCUUGAAUGGUUGGCCAAUACAGUGGUAGUAAAGAAGAAAAGUGAAAAAUGGCUAAUAUACAUGGAUUUCACAGACUUGAACAAGGCCUAUCCAAAUGACCCUUUCCCUAUGUCUCGGAUUGAUCAGCUAGUGGAUGCAACUAAUGUGGGGGCUACCUACCAGAGGAUGAUGACCAGGAUGUUCGAGCCAAAAUUAGGAAAAAACAUCGAGAUUUAUAUAGACGAUAUGGUGGUCAAGAGUAAGUUAGAAUCCGAGCAUGUUAAUGACCUCGGGAAUAUCUUCAAGAUCUUGAAGAGGAACAAACUGCAGCUUAAUGCUUCUAAGUUUUCUUUUGGUGUUGGUUCAGGAAAGUUCUUGGAUUAUAUGGUCACUUACCGUGGAAUUUAA